UGUUUACGCUGUUGACAGUGAACGUUUGACGCGGAAGUGUGAGUGUGAUUGGAUUGUGCUGGAACCGGUUGGCGGAAUCCGGAACAGGACACGACGGAAGCGGACCUGAGAUGGCCGACUACUUUGACGAGCUGGGCUGCGAACCGAUCGCGCCGGAACAGGCCCAAAGCCACCAGCUGCUGCUGAUGGUGCGCUUCCUGCAGCAGAACGGCUUCUUCGCCGACGACCUCAACACGGACCAGCUGCCGCCGCCGGCCUCGAAGGCGCUGGUGGCGGCGCUGCCGGAGCGGCAGGUGGCGGCCGACGACGAGCGGUGCGCCAUCUGCAUCAAGCCGAACGACCCGGACGGCGACAAUGAGGCGUUUCUGGUGCUGCCGUGCGGGCAUGAUUUCCACAAGAGUUGCAUUGUGCCGUGGCUGGAGAAGACCAACAGCUGUCCGCUGUGCCGGCACGAGAUGAAGACGGACGACGAGGGCUACGAGGAGCAGAAGAAGUUCCGGGAGAGGGCGGCACGGCGCGAGCAGGAGCUCGAGGAGCUGCACAACUCGAUGUAUGGUUGAGAGGGGAAUUUGAGAGGGGGAACUGUAUUGAUUUCCAAAAUAAAUGGUGAUGGUGGAAGUUUUGAUCUGAGUAGUGAAGGGAAAGGGAAAUAAAUCACAUGGAAAUAAAGGG